AGAAGAGCAGAGCUGAGCUCUGUUACACAUGGGGGCUAGGCCAGGGAUCUGAUUUCCCCCAUGUGUGACGACAGGGCCAGAUGGGGGAAGCUGGUGUGAAGAUUUGGGACUUGGGCAAUAGAGCAGACUCUACAGUUGGUGGAGCAACAAAAAGAGAUGCAGAAGACCAUGCAUUCAUUCCAGGAAUCCUAUUGGCUGAAAAGACAGACCCAUCUCGCUUGACAGGCCAAGCAACUGAAGAACCUGCAAGAGUUCAUAACGGAACAGGCGCAAAUGCAGCAGCAACUGGUAUAAGGUCGGGCUCCAGUUGUGAACAGCUGCCGUGGCGGCCAACUUGUUUCGGCUACUGGUUCCUGACCUCCUCUUCUGGCAUGGAUUCCUCGUGGAGUAGAGAGCUUCCCAUCAGGAACAGCUUUGCCUGGGAUCCAUCAGAAUGUGCUACAAGUCAUCCCAGCUUUCUGCAGAGACGCAGUGGUGGCUGUUCCAGCAUUACCAGCAAAAAGCCUGGGAGCAGGAUUUGUAGCAGGAAGGAUUUCGCCAUGAUUUGGUGCAGUGAUUUCAGGAAUGGAAGGAAGAGGAGCUGGUUAGACAGUGUGACAGAAGCUUUUUGUCACUGCUACCAGAGGCCCAAUACUGGAUCGGGCUUCGCCAGUCAGCCAUGGUCCCCAUCCGGUCUCAGAUGGAACUCACCCACACCAUGUGUCAUGUAUAGUAACAGGUCAACGGCUGCAAAAAGGUGGCUUUACAAUGGCCAGACGAAGGCACAUGCUGAUGCCCUCCUUCAAAGGGUAAAACUCACUACAGGAAUUAACACUGAAGAUUUCCAGUACCCUAGGCUCUCUGAGUGUCUGCAUCCCCAGUGA